CACACACCUGGCAGUAGUUUCUGAUCAAUAUACUAAAAAUGAAGUCAUUUCUCUCGCUUUGUGUGAUUCUCGCUGUGGCGCUGAGCCAAGUCGAAGCCGAUUGUACCGGAGCCUGUCCGGACACGGAAGAAGUUGUCUGGGCUCUGGGUCCUAAUUGUCAAGUCUUUCGGAAUAAGUGCUACUUUGACAAGGCGAAUUGCAAGCGCGAGCCACCGCUGACCAUCACCACCAAGGAAAAGUGCCAGACAAAUUGCAUAGAAAAUUGUCCAGCGGUCUAUCGGCCCGUUUAUGUAUUUCAAAAUGGAGAGAUGCGAACCUUUGGCAAUGCUUGCGAAAAGAAUGCUCACACAUGUCUCACGGGCGAAACUUUUCUGGAAUAACAAUAACAAAUACCUGAAGAAACUUCACUCGUGUUUGGAAAUAAAUUUAAAGAGUCUCUAAAUAUUGUUUUUCAUUUUGGGCAUAAGUUCUAGACCUUGGUCAACAUAAAAGCAUGGAAAAUUAA